AUGGCGAUCAUCCCCGACAUCAAAGGUCCGGAGGUGUCGGUCGUGAUCAAUCACGUCACAGCUGACGAAUAUGACAUUCCUGGAAGCAUCUAUCAGGAUGCAAAUGCCGAGGCCAUCCAAGCCAGCCCUAUCGCAAAUGCCCUCCAAAGCAUCAAGUCCAUUGAGGCACGGUCCAAGGCAACCUUUGGUGUUCAAAUCACAAAGUCGGCUGUCUUCAAGCGAGACACUGAACGCAUCGGAUAUGUCCUAGAGCUCAAUGGAGUGAUCUUGAAAGGAUGGUCUGAGACUAAUCUUGAACGGCUGCAAAGCUGGACACACACCCGAAUGUCACGACCAGUCCUAUCUGAACGAGCACAGGACAUACCGUUUUCCUGGAAUGGAGAUCUUCAAAUUGUCGAGGACGAUACUUUCUCUUCUCAGCAGAUCAAAGACGUCUAUCGUGCAGCUGGGCAUGGAUCAAUCCGAAUCCAUUUCCACCAUCUGCUUGCCGUAACGAACCACUUCCACGGAGCGACACAUGAAAGCUGUAUGCACUGGAAAUAUCAGGAUCCCAACGCGCGUCUGUUCGCAACGUUCGAGUUCCUUUAUAGAUCUACAGGCGACCUCCUUCUAGAAGGCAUCAUCACUCCUCACCAGGCUAUGAAAGAGCACAACAAGAAGAAGAAGGAGCUCAACGACAAGAAACUCCGAGCUCGCCACGCUAUCAAGGACCUCAAUGGGGAGCAGCUCUGA